CCUGCCCCUUCCCCGCUCCCUGACUCCUCCCCGGCCGCAGCGGCUGCUCCCGGCUCCGUCCUCCCGUGUUCCAGCCCGUCCCGUCCAGCUCCGCCGGGAGCAGCCCCAGCUCUCCUUUUCAGAGAACGAGGAACGAAAAUAUCCUCCUCCAGCUUUUUAAUUGUCCUCUAAGUCUGGGCAGAGCUGCACUCCCUGACUGCUGUGAAGAGCUGGGUAAGAAUGGAUGCGACAUAAAGAGAAGCAGAAGUCCUGAAGCCUUAGUCACCAAUCAGAUGGACUUACUGUUCAUGCUUUACUUCCAAACACUUGAAUUGUUUCUGUACUGUUGACAAAGGAAAGAUGACCUCUACUGUAGGUCCACCACCGCCAUACUACGAGAACCACGGCUUUCAGGCAGAACACAUCUAUCCUGCCCACCAGGCAGUGGGUGCUAAUCCAUAUCCACACUUCUACUCCACAAAUGCUCCCUCAGUGCCAAGCUAUGUCCCAAGGGUUCACACCCACCAGUCCACCCGGCCAGUAGCACAUUCAUCCGGGAGAUCAUGUGCAUCGAGUUUAAGGAAAACCAUAAUAAUAAUAUUAUCUGUUUUGAUAGUCAUUUGUUGUGCAAUUGCUGCUUUCUUCAUCUGGUAUUUUCGGCUGUUUCUCUCUCUCCCUGCAGUGGAGAAUCAUUGUCUGGGCUCCCUGAUCGAGUGUGGAUCUUCAGGAUUGUGCACGUCACCGUCUCAGUGGUGUGAUGGAGUGAGUGACUGCCCCAACGGGGAGGAUGAAACCCGCUGUGUUAGACUUUUUGGACCAAAUUUCAUCCUGGAAGUUUAUUCACCUGUCAGCAAAUCCUGGUAUCCUGUUUGUCAAGAUGAUUGGAAUGAUGACUAUGGGAAGAUUGCAUGUAAAGACAUGGGCUACAGUGUGGAUACAUAUUACUACAGUCAUGGGGUGGUACCUGAUGUCAGCUUUAAAAGCUACAUGAAGCUGAACACAAGUGCUGGGAAUAUAGACUUGUACAAAAAGCUGUACAGCAGUGAUUCCUGUGCUUCAGGACAUGUGGUUUCUCUGCGCUGCAUAGAGUGCGGCCUGUCCACCAAGAGCGUGAGCGUCAUGAACAGGAUCGUGGGCGGCAGCGGGGCCGUGCUGGGGCAGUGGCCGUGGCAGGUCAGCCUGCACGUGGAGGGCACCCACGUCUGCGGGGGCUCCAUCAUCACCCGCCAGUGGAUCGUGACGGCGGCACACUGCGUGGAAGGACGAUUUUCUGACCCACACAGCUGGAGGGUUUAUGCUGGGAUUCUGAAUCAGAAUGAGAUGCUCUUCAGAAGUGGAUACAGAGUGCAUCUGAUUAUUUCCCAUCCGGAUUACGACACAGAUUCUAAAGACAAUGAUGUUGCCCUUAUGAAGUUGGAGUCACCACUGAGUUUUACUGAAACUGUACGGCCAGUUUGUCUGCCAAAUCCAGGAAUGAUGUUCCAGCCUGAUCAGCAGUGCUGGAUAUCAGGGUGGGGAGCAGAAUACCAAGGAGGCAAAACAUCAAACAUCUUGAAUUAUGUUGCAGUGCCCUUAAUAGAACGUUCAAGGUGUAAUUCUCCCUCUAUCUAUAGUGGCAUGAUUUUGCCUACAAUGAUCUGUGCUGGAAAUCUAGCAGGAGGAGUCGAUUCCUGUCAGGGUGACAGUGGAGGCCCACUGGUGACUAACAAAAACUCUGUGUGGUGGCUGGUUGGAGAUACCAGCUGGGGAACUGGCUGUGCUACUCCCAAUAAACCUGGAGUGUACGGGAAUAUGACAGUGUUUACAGAUUGGAUUUAUAGAAAUAUGCAGGCAAACAGAUGACAACGACGUCUGAUCGAUGUUUCUGAGGACAAGAAUAAAUGAAGCCAUGGGUGCCUGGGAUAUUUAUUCACUUUGCAAUUGAUUUUUUUUUUUCUCUUUGAAUUUUCUUUUUAAAAAUGUCAUGAAGGAUUGCACACUUGGUUCUGUGCUGGCUACAGUGACUGAUCGUAAUCAGUGAAGGAUUAUCACAAUGAGCACCUUUCUUCUCCUUGUGGUGCCUGGCAGAAAGUCAUUCUGUCAACUGCUUGCUAAAAUGUCUCUCUUUAGUUGAGUAACUUUCACUUGAUAAUCAGGUACAGGCUUAUAAUGGCAAUUUAAAUCACAAUUUAAUUUAAGAUUUUCAUAGCAGGAUGCUGAGACAGUUGGUUUAGUAGUCUUUUAAAUUAAAUGUUAAAUAAUGUGAAUGUUGAAUCUCUGAGCUGCUGGUUGGCAAUUU